AUGGCCAAUAUCACAGAAACCACCACGAUAAGGGUGGCAUCCCCAACAGGGCCAGUCACCCGCACAAUCCUUCCUACGCCCUUGCGGGAUGCACUGCCCUCCGAAAUUCCCAUCAUCGAUGUAUCUCCCAUUUUCAGCUCGUAUCUCGAGGAUCGCAAAUCUGUUGCUUGGCAGGUCCGCAAUGCUGCCACCAACACUGGGUCUUUCUAUAUUAAGAACCAUGGCGUCCCCCAGAGUAUCACAGAAGCCUCUUAUAAUGCAGUCCUGGAAUUCUUGCGCCAAGAUGUGGAUACAAAGAACAAAGCAUCCAUAACCAAGAGCGCUUGCUACAAUGGCUAUCGGGCACCAGACACCCAACGAGUCGAUCCUGAUGAAGGCGUUGACGUACGGCAGAACUUCUCAUUCACCUACGAUCCCAGAAACGAUCCCGAGGUCAAAGAUGUACAGGAAAUUCCGAGAAACGUCAUGGAAUACAUCCACAUGAACGAGGGCCAUGGGGAGAAUACUGAAAAUCUCCCAACUUCAAGCCCGCGCUCCCCAACCACUACCAAUCAUGCCUAUCUCUAG